CGUCAAGACUCAAGGGCUCAAGGCCUUGGUUUUCAAAUCUCUGCUAUCCCUUCUUUUUCCCUCUGAAACUCGAAGCUACUGAUAUCAGAUUAUAGAAUCAAGCAAACAACAACACACACCAGGUGUUCGACAAAAUGCCCCAAAGAAGCUUAACCCUGAAACCAGACAAACUCAAACCCACCUCUCUCAGAAGAUCCCCACGACUUCUUCACUUGAAAGACUUUCCAACAACCCCAAAACCCAGAUGCAGCAAGACCACUGUUUCUCUCUCUUCUCUCAACUCUCCCAGAAAACCUAAAAAUGGGUCAUCAAAUUGUGGCAAAUCUUCCAAAGAUAAGAAGAAAUCUGAUAAAGGGUACAUGAAUCUUGAGAAAUCAGCAAAUAGGUCGAGGAGAACAACGAGAUUGAGCGAAAUGGUUGAGCAGAUUGAAGCUCCCCGACGAUCUCCGAGGUUUCGUAAUGAGGUAAAUUCUUCAGUCAAUUUUUUCAAUGAAAAAUUUAAUGGGUCUAUUAGUUGUAAUGCUAAGAGUAACAUAGGGUCAAAAAAUAAGAAUAUAAACUCGGUAGAUAUUGUGGAUUAUCCUGCAACUCCAAUUGGAGUUGGGGAGAAGAAAUUUACGGGUGUUGUAGGGAAGGAUGAUGGUUUUGUGACAAGUGAUUUGGGUGAAGAUAUUUCUUUGAAUUCGGGGAGGAGGAUUACUCGUAGUUGUUCUAGAUUAAUGCAAAGAAAAUUAGAGGCUGGAAAGUUGGCAGAGGAUGAAUUGAAAGGCAGAAAUUUGUUCAAAAGUCCUACUCGUGUGUCGAAAACGGGGACAAAUCGUAGUAUGGUGGAAUCUUCUGCUGUUACACUAGAUGGUGAAGUGAGAGGGAAAAAGUGCAAUAAGGGGAAGGAAAACAGAAGUGAUGAUUGCAAAGAUAUUACCAAGGGUUCAAGGAGAGUUACAUCUGGUUCGUUUUCGCGUUGUGUUGCAACUACUAGAGGAGGUCGACAGGGGAGGCAAAACAAUCUUACAGAUUAUCAUGUAAAGGUUGGUAAAAGAGAUGAUUCAUGCAAAGAAACAGUUGGAAAUUUGGAUAGGAGGAUCACACGUAGUGCUUCUAAACAAAUGGGAGCAGGACAUGAUUUUCAAUGUCAAACAAUAGAGAGGCGGAGCACCCGUAUAUCUUCUAAACAUGAUGCAGGAAAGGCAAAAUCCAUAAAGGCAAAAAGAGAGAAACAAGAAGGCACUGAUCUGAAGGGAAAGGAAAUUCGUGGUCUCAAAUUAGAUAUGGAUAUGUUGGAUAAAGAAAGCGGUGAUGCUACACCUCUGCGCCAUAUAUCAGGAAGAGGAGAGAGGACAAAACAGGAUGCCGCCACCAGAGACACUAAACUGGCAGGAGUUAAGAGGAAAAGAAAGCAAGUGGGGCUUCACGGGACGGAAAAGGGUUGGACGAAGGAGCAGGAAGUGGCAUUGAAUAAGGCUUAUUUUACUGCAAAACCAAGUCCGCAUUUUUGGAAGAAUGUUGCUAAACUGGUUCCUGGAAAAUCUUCUCAAGAAUGUUUUGAUAAAGUGCAUUCAGACAAUCAGACUCCAGUUUGUACUAAGCUUUCUGUAAGGGCUAAAAAACAGAACUCACCAUCUGAUCUCCUAGUUUCUGGCAAUGAGUUGUUUAGAGUAGCCGAAAAAAAAAGCAAAAGAACUUGCAAGAAGUUCAAGAGUCAAGUGGCACGUAAAACUGUGAGACAUUUAUUGCAGAAGUACUCUCAUGUGAAUCAAGAUAAUGAAGCAGAUUUGUUCUCUGUUCUUGAGCCUGCAGUAAAUCUUUCAUCUGAAGCCUUUCAGCUGAAUGCUUCACAAUUGACUCCGCAACACCUAAUGAAGAGCCCAGAAUCGUCCUCAAAGUCUCGUGGCAGAUCUUCUUCAGGCAAGAAGUGUCUUUCUAGGUUCAGCUAUAGAAGUCAAAGCCCCCUUACAAGUCCUCCCGUACUGAAGAAGGUGAAGAAUAUGGUUUUGCAUGAGAAGUAUAUUGAUCAGCUACAUAUAAGGGAGCAUAAGAGAAAGUUGGCUUUCUCACGCUAUAUGAAGUCAGCUCAGAACCAAAAGGCUGGAAAAGAAAACUCUGUUUACAUGAAGGAUAUCAUUGGAGCUGCAAAAGAUGCCCUAGUUUCUGAUGCAAAAGAUGCCAUCGAUAACUUCCGGCAAUCACAGGCCAAUAUUAUGGAGGCAUUUUCUGACUCUGAGGAAUUCUUCAACAAUCAUGAUGAUGAAGAUGAAGUAGAGCUGUAAGAUACUUUAUCGAACAUGCAAACCUUAGCAAUGGAGAUUGACUUGUUCUUGUACUGCUGUAACAUCCAGAACUGCUGAAGCUUUGUACAGAUAAAGGAUAUCAUCAGAUCUGCAAAAGAUGCCCUAGAUUCUCAUGCAAAAGACAUCUAUAGGCCAGUAUUACGAGGCAUUUUCUGACUCCGAGGAACUUUCCAAUAAUCUGACUUUGUACUGCUGUAAUUCUUGAGCUCGCUAACAUUAGAUCAUAGAACUAGAUCAUCUGACUUUGUACUGCUGUAAAACAUCAUUCUGUAAAGGCGAAGUUGAUCAGUACGCCAUUACCCUGCCUCAGGAUGAUCCCUAGGUUAACCAAGCAUUUUCGUAGCUUCAUUCUCUGUACAUAAGAGCCAUUUAUUCUGGCUACAGGCGUACAAUCUGACAAUCAAGAUGAUGUUUGUACACCUUUCUAGUCUCUUGAUCAAUACGAGUUUCUAAAUUUGCAUCGUCUCAA